AUGAGGGUGGAGAAGGUUGAAGAGGGAGAAGAAGACGACGCAGGCGAAGAAGAAGAUGAAGGUGGAGAAAGGGGCGAAGAAGGUGGUGAAGGUGUAGAAGAUGAUGAAGGUGAUGAUGAAGGUGAAGAGGUUGGAUGGGAAGAUAAUGGAGGCAGUGCUGGGAAGAUGGAGGAGGAGGAGGAGGAGAAGGAGGAGGAGGAGGGGGAGGAGGAGGAGGAGGAGGAGGAGGAGGAGGAGGAGGAGGAGGAGGAGGAGGAGGAGGAGGAGGAGGAGGAGGAGGAGGAGGAGGAGGAGGAGGAGGAGGAGGAGGAGGAGAUGAAGAAGGUGAAGAUAAAAGAGGUGAAGAUGAAGGAGGUGAAGGAGACGAUGGUGGAGAAGCAGCAUCUGGGGAGGGUUGUGUGA